CCUUCUAUGUUGUAGCGGCAUGGUGACAUGGUGCCAUGGCAGUGGGUGGCGCAUCGAGUCCCAUGCCGCAAGCUAACGCAGCUUGGGCAACACCAGAGGCUGCAAAAUGGUUGGAACAUCGCCGGCAUUUGCAGUCUAGCGUUGGGGGACGACCGAAGAAACAUGAGGUGAAGUCUGCCCAGCGGCCCGAUGCUGGUGCAGAAGGCAGAAACGAGGAGGCUCUGGCAGCACGUGAGGCGUUGCAAAGGUUCCGACGCCCACAUGUGUUGCACGCAGACGUGGGGGAGCUGACGCUACACUUGGCUUUGCUGGAUUUGAAGCUGGCUUGGUCCCGCGUCCAAGCUAUGGAAAGAGCACAAAAAAAACCUGAGCUUCAAGCGGAAAACGCACAGAAUAUGCAGCAUGUACUGUUUGAGACCGUGCGCUACUUUGUUUCUUUUCACCCCAGCUCUGUGAGGCUACCUACAGUGCAGUUGCCCAAAGAAACGCCGCGCCCAACUUCGCCCGAUGCAACUAACACGAAGUACAUGGCAUCACCCGCGCUGGCACCAUCGCCGAAGCAAACAUCAGAGACGGUGGUAUAUGAUUGGCAGGAAUCAGUGCGCUUCGAUGAACACAUGCAAAUGCUGAGUGACCACCUGGAUUCACACUUUCUUCUUUUCCUGUGGUGCAGCAAGAGUUCGCUCUUGAGUGAAUCGACCGUGCUUCUGGGCUACCGUCCCUUGCCUUUGCGUGAGCCAGAGCUCUAUGCCAGAUGGGCUACAUGGGACAUCUUGGACCUGAACACCAGCGAAGAGUUGGCGCAGCUGAGUCUGCGUUUGGAUGUCACUGCACCGCCAAACCAGAUCCGACUACCUCACCUUUCAGACGUUUCCAAUACCGGGUUCACGUUGAACUGGAGUGAACCUCUAGGUUCAUCUGCAAGCGCCUAUGCUGUUUCCGUGCAACCCAGUGAUGGUGCAGCAGCAGUAUCUAGACAAUUCACCACUGGCCACAGCGCAGCUUUGAGUGGUUUGCAGCCGGAUGCCACCUAUGUGGUGGACGUCAGGGGCAUGAAUCAGGCUGGUUGGGGAGAUAGCUGCAAGCUAGAAGCUUCCACCGCGCCACGGCGACAGGAGACCGAUGAUCAGCGAGUCCGUGUGACGACUUUGUGAGUGGCUGUGGCAAAAGCAAGUCCUUAAACGACAGCACUACACUACAUGCCCUUUUUUCUUUAUCCAAUUCAGACCAAGCACUAUUUGCAUCUCCUUGCUCAAAA